AUGUUCGCCGUCCCAGGAUGGUCCGUCUCGAGCUCUGCGCUCACGCAGCAGACCGAGGCGUCGCAGUCCAAAGAUCAGUCCCAAGGCAAAGAUGCCUCGACGCCCAAUGCGAAGAACAACAACAAGCGCAAGCGCGGUAAUGACCGUGUGACCUCUGGCAAUGUUGACGAAAUGUAUCGGAGGCACAUCGAGGGCCACUCCGGACCCAAGCCCGGAAAGCGUGCCGGUGCCGGUGCUGGUGCUGGUGCUGCGGCCGCAGACAGUUCGUUGAAGCCAUGGGAGAAGAAGAAGCUGCAGAAAGAGAAGCAGGCAUCUGCGCUAGAAUCCACGAACGUCACGAACGACGCCCCGAAGACCGACGAUGCUGGGCCGGGCCAAGAAGACGGGAAACCAUCGAAGAAGCAGAAAAGGAACAGGAAGAACAAGGACAAGGACAACCAGGAAGACAAGACCCAGGAGAAGGAUGCGGCCUCUCCUUCAUCCGCUGAAGCUUUUGCUGCUAUGAAAUCACUCGCUCCACCCAUGCCAGCAGCAUCCGCGACCCUUACACCGCUCCAGCAGGCAAUGCGCCAGAAGUUGAUCUCGUCUCGAUUCCGUCAUCUGAACGAAACCCUGUAUACCACCGACUCCUCCAAAGCGGUGGAGCUGUUCAACGCAAACCCCGAGCUCUUCGAUGAAUAUCACGCUGGUUUCGCACGCCAGGUGAAGGAAUCGUGGCCCUCCAACCCGGUCGAUGGCUACAUCCAAACCGUCCGACGCCGUGGAGCUGUCCCCAUGCCGAGGAAAGGCCAGAAGCCCGCCCCGAACAAGCCUCUACCUCUUCCCCGCCGACCCAAUGGCGCAUGCACCAUAGCUGAUUUGGGCUGCGGUGACGCCGGACUAGCGCGCGCCUUGACCCCGUCGGCGAAGAAGUUGAACCUGAAGCUCAACAGCUAUGAUCUCCAGGCACCGGAUGCUCUUAUCACCAAAGCUGAUAUCUCUAACCUUCCGGUGGAAGACGGCUCCGUGGACGUGGCCAUCUUCUGUCUCAGUCUGAUGGGAACGAACUGGGUGUCCUUCGUGGAGGAGGCAUGGCGUGUGCUGCGUGGUGACGGCAAGGGCGAGUGCUGGGUGAGUGAGGUCAAGAGUCGAUUCGGCAAAGUGAAUCGCAAGAAGUCGCAGAUCGGAGCCCAGAAGCCCCUCAGCAAGACCGAGCAGAAGAAGCAAAAGAAGAAGAGUGGCAAGGGCGGCGACGCUGAUUCUGAUGUGGACGAGGCAGAUAUCUUUGCUGAGGAUGCCCGGCCGGCUGACAACGACGAGACGGAUAUCUCGGCGUUUGUGGAGGUCUUUAAGACCCGUGGCUUCGUGCUUAAGCAGGAGUCAUUGGACAAAUCUAACAAGAUGUUUGUGAAGAUGGAGUUUGUAAAGGCUGGCUGGACACCGACCAAGGGCAAGCAUGCUUCUGCUGCCCCGGCCCCGGGUGUGAAGGGUGGCAAGAAGCGCUUUGUCGAGAAGAAGACUGACGCUGAUACUGGAAUGUCGGCCGAGCAAGAGGCUCAGGUACUGAAGCCUUGUGUGUACAAGAUUCGGUAG